AUGGCAAGCAAUCAUUAUGAAGGAGGAAAGAUUGGGCUGAAACCUAAACAGAUCAUGGAAGAAGCUAGAAAAGAUCAGGGUGUUGUGAUUUCAUAUUCAAAGGCUUGGAGGUCUCAAGAGCACGGCCAAGAUAUAGCUAGGGGUACUCCUGAUGACAGUUAUGAAGCUUUGCCCAGCUGGUUUCACAUGAUAAAAGAAAAGAAUCCAGGUUCUGUGACUUUUAUCGAAGUUGAUUCUGUUGGGAAAUUCAAAUACGCAUUUUUGUCGCUUGGUCCAUCUAUCAGAGGGUUUAAGUUGAUGAGGAAGGUACUUUCUGUUGAUGGUGCCCAUCUGAAAGCAAAGUAUAAAGGGACUCUACUUGCUGCCACAGCACAAGAUGGUAAUUUUCACUUGUAUCCUAUAGCUUUUGCUAUAGUUGAUUCUGAGAAUGAUGCCUCAUGGAGUUGGUUUAUGAAAUGUCUGAAAACCAUCAUUUCUGAUGAAGAGGAUUUGAAUGUCCAGGACAGUUUCAAGAGUUCAACACUUGUCCCUUUGGUUGUUGAAGCUGCUUAUGCCUACACCAAGGAUGAUUUUGAUUGCUAUUUUCAUGAGAUUGAGGCGUUCGACAUUUUAUUAGCAGAUUAUCUUCAUAAAGCAGACUUCAGGAAGUGGUCCCGAGCUUAUUCUCCUGCUAAUCGCUUCAACAUCAUGACGUCAAACUUGGACGAAUCUAUAAAUUCUUUGCUGAAAGUGAGUCGUGAGUAUCCAAUAGUCUGUCUUUUUGACACUAUUAGGAUGAUAAUGACUAGGUGGUUCACUGAACGACGUGAGCAAGGAGUUCGUCACAUGCACCCUGUCACGUUCGAUGUGGGGAACAGGAUGAAGGAGCUAUAUGAUUUUACGUCUCGCUUUCUCGAAGUUUCCAAAAUCAAUGAUUCAGAGUUUGAGGUUAAGGGAGAUACAAGAGAUCAAGUGGUGAAUUUUCAAACAAGGCAUUGUUCAUGCUUUGUGUUUGAUGUUGAGAAGUUUCCUUGUGCUCAUGCAAUUGCUGCUGCAAAGGCUGGAAACAAGCAUGAAAAUGAUUAUGUCGAUGAGUUUUUCUCCAAUGAAAGGUUUAAACUAGCAUAUUCAGAGAGUGUAUAUCCUGUUGGCGAUAAAGCAUAUUGGGAUAUUCCUCCCCAUGUAGCUUCGUUUGUCUGUCGCCCUCCAUCUACACACUUUCCUAGUGGCAGGAGGAAAAAAAAAGGAUUCCAAGUUCGUGGGAGUAUGGAAAAUAUCGGCCCAUAUCCAAACCAUCACCCAAGUCUUACAAAUGUAGCAGAUGUGGACAGAAAGGUCACAACAAAGGUAGUUGUGUAUUGCCUAUUUGAUAACAGAGUUAUAUAA